AUGGCAGAUAAUUGUGAACAAGAUAAUAACACAACUUUCCUUCCAUGCUUUUUGUGGCUGGACAAUUGUAUUACAGAACCACCACCAAAAUACACUGACAUAAUAAAACCUUUUAGUUGGUCAUUUUUUGCAAAUGAUGAUGCAUGUAUCGAAUAUAUACGUGAAAAUAAAGACAAAAAAAUAUGUUUUAUUACAUCGGGAAUCUACGGUAGCAGUGUUGUACCACUGAUACAUGAACUGGUUCAAGUCGAAUCAAUAUUUAUUUAUUGUAUGAAUGUGAGAAAGCAUCAGAAUUGGUCAAGAUCAUUUUCGAAAGUACACGGUGUAUAUUGUGAUCAAGCAGAAUUGCUUGUUUCAUUAAGUAAAGAUAUUGCCGAUUUCCAUAUUCAACUGGGCGAUACAUGUUAUCAGAGAAAUAAUGAAAAGGCACCUCGAUAUGACUAUUCAAAAGCAUUAGACAUUUUACAAACGUCUAAUGAUACAUUAUCAUUCGAUCACGAUACGUUAUUACUUCUUACUGAUUUUAAAUCUAAACUCAAUCGCUUUAGCAUGGAAAUUAUACCACAACAAAUAAUAGCUUCAUAUCAAGAAGCUGUAAUUGAUGUACCCAUUAUUCAAAAUCAAUCUAUUCUGCUAAACAAAAGAGCAGCUGAAUUAGAAAAGCUUCCAUCAAAUAAAGAAGAUAUAACCAUUGUUUGGCUGGACAAAUAUAUUAAUGAUGCGAUUGAACAUACAAAAAUUUUAUUGAAUAAAAUUAACGAUUACGUGCAAGUUUAUCGAGAUCCAUAUCAAUGUUUAAGUGAUAUAGAGUCGAAACAAGAAAAGAUUUUCCUUAUUAUCACUGGUUCAUAUGCGGAAAAUUUUCUAACUGAUUUUCAUAUAAAGCCACAAAUCGAUUCAAUAUUUAUUUACUGUGCAAAACGUGAAAAAUAUACAAAUUUAUUGCAAAAAUAUAAUAAAAUAAUCGGUUGUUUCGAUCUGGAGCAGGAAUUGAUCAAAAGUGUACAUCAGACUACAGAAUUAAAAUCCUAUGCAAAUUUUUCUUUAUUGGAUAAUAACAAUCAGCAACAACAUUUUCUAACGAGACAAUCAGCACUAUUUCUUUGGAAUCAAUUAUUGCCAGUUGUUUUGAAUGAAAUAAAAAAUGAAUUAACGGUCCAACAAUUGCUUAAUCUUUGCGAGGUGUAUUAUAGUAAUAAUUCGCGUGAAUUAAAAAAUAUUAAAGAUUUUUAUGAGAACUAUUGUUGUAGUAAAGCAAUUAUCUGGUACACAAAAGACUCCUUUGUUCAUAAAGUACUGAAUAAAGCUCUUAGAACACAUGAUCAUGAAAAAUUAAAUGCGUUUCGAUUUUACAUACAAGAUUUACGUGCUCAAUUAUAUGAGUCAUACCAGAUAUUAAAAAAGAGUGAACACUCGAUCAGAGUUUAUCGUGGUUUGUGUUUAUCCAGUGAGGAAUUGAACAAAUUGAAAACAAACAUUGGAGGUCUUAUAUCAUCCACUGGAUUUCUAUCAACAAGUAGAGAUCGAACUGUUGCACUCAUGUAUUCAGGACAAUCAUCAAAUAAGUCUCACAUUGAAAAUGUUCUGUUUGACAUUUACUGCGAUACAACAACUUCGUCAACGAUCUUUGUUGAUAUAUCGAAAUAUAGUUCCUUUCCAGAGGAACAAGAGGUACUGUUUGAUCUCGGAAGUGUUUUUGAAAUUUACAGUGUUGAGCGUGAUUUAUCUUCAAAUUGCUGGACAGUAAAAUUGAGAACUGAAAAUCGAUCAGUAGAAAUUGUGAAUAAUCUGAUCAAAACAGCGAAAAAAGAAAUGAACCAGGAUAAUCUGUUAUUAUUGUUUGCUAAACUAAUGCUGUAUCUUAAUGAAUAUUCGAAAACCGAAGAUUAUUUUAAACAAAUAUCGAAUACUAUACCAGAAAAACACACUGACAUUGCACGAAUCUACUCUAAUAUGGCCAGUAUACAUCAGAUAAGUGGUAAGUGUAAUGAAGCACUACAAAGCUAUAAACGAGCGUUAGAAAUGCAAUUAUAUCAGCCCGAGAUUGCAUCAACAUAUUGCGAUAUUGGUGAUGUCUACCGUAGCAGUGGAAAUUAUUCAAAUGCAUUAGUUCAUUUGGCUAAAGCACUUGAAAUUCAAUCUAAUUGUUUACCAUUAGAUCAUCCGGAUAUUCAAAAGACACUAUAUUACAUUGGAGAUGUUAAACACAAAAUUGGUAAGGUCAUGAUUGUGUAA